GAGGCCGGGCCCCGCGUUCCUGUGCGGGGCUUACCCCGGGCUGCCUCACCUGCGGGCGGUGAGCAGGUGCGGCCGCAGCAGGGCUCGGGACCCGCACAGGCGUUUGCAACCCGGGAAUAGAAUGUAAGAGCGUAACUGUGUUCCAGCGGGCUUUCACCCCCUCGUCACAGGGUCGGUGUAGAGCCAGGCUGCCCCUUCCAGUGAUGUGCAACCCCAGCUGUCCCCGAUGGGGAAAUGUCAAAGUUACGGGGCAGAACCCCACAGAUGCCAGCAUUAAUGUGGUGAAGAACGUGAACGAAUUCAUGUUUGAUAGAGAAAUCAGAGCUGGAACAUGCUGGGGAGGCCUUUGCUCUCUUCCAGGUCACUUAAUUGAUGUACUUGUAACUACUUUCUUUUUUUCCUCCUUGUGUUUUAGCAUACUAAAGAGUCAUGAUUGAUUUAAGCAGACAAACAAGGUUCAAACCUUGCCAGCUAGCUGAGUCUCUCAGCAUUCACUGAACAUAUAGCACUGACUAACUUAUAAACUGUCAGUUUAGACGUAGCUGUUACUUAAAGAGUUUAAUGCUAUAUAAGCCUCAUUUUAAAAAAAAGUGUUGUUCUUAUUAUGGAAAAGACUUCAGGAUUUCUGAGGGGCUUUCUAAGAAUUCUUGGGAUAAUUAAAACAAUUCUGUCAGAAGAACAUAUUCCUGAGAUUUCCCUGGUCUAUCUGGACAUAGGACUAAACACUAUCUCCUGACUCUGGAAAAAAGAAUGAAAAUAGGUACACCUUGUCUAAAUAUUGUUGGUUAAAAAUCCUUCCUUCAAAGACAAACAGCUGCUCCAUCCGAAACAGAACAUGACUAUUGAAGGAUUUGAAUGACAAAAUAAAUCUUGUUUCAAGAUCAGGAACGAGAAAAACAAGAAAAAAAAGUAGUAAAAGACAAACUCUUCAAAUGAUGCUGAAGCCAUAAAAGAAAGCAUUUCAGCACUGUAUUUUAUUUUUGUUUUCCUUAUGGCAAUCCUUGAUAGCACUUAGGCCAAAGGCCACCUCCCAAAAUGCACAACAGAAAACAUUACAACUCUAUGAAUUUGGGUAAGUUGCAGACUUGUUAUGGAUAAGGCAAAACAUUCAGCUUAGAAAGCUCACACUCUUCAGGUUAUGCUAGGGGAAAAUAAUUUUAAAUAUCCAUGUAUUUAAAUAUAGAUUUGUUUCAUGGUUGUUUUGCCAUAUACAUAUUAAAUAUGAGAUGUUUCAUUCCUGAUAUGUCUUAGAAAUAACUUGUAAUAGGCUUGGGGGUAAAAAAAAGAAAACAAAACAAAACCAAAAAAACCCCAGGUGUUUUCUGAAAGGAGAGAAUGCCAAAAGUUGUGAGUGCAGUUCGCAAAAGCUGUUUGCUAAGCCACGCCUUUUGGGUUCCUCCCACACCCCAACUGUACUACUAAUGCUGGAAACUGAAAAUGGCUCAGAAACCCAGCCCAGAGGGUGUGAUUGCAUAUCUCCAUUAGUGAUGGAAAGGAAGAUGGUGGGCACAGAGCAGAGGAAGUGUGUCAUCAUUGGAGCGUUCAAACGCAAUGCUGAGAUAUGAUGUACUACCAGAUAUCGUCAUUUCUUUCCUUUUCAGGGGAUCUUGGUCAAAAGGAGUUGUUUGGGUUGUUUCUUGUAUUUGUAGAAGGUUCCUAGAGUGAAAUAUUUCAGAAAGAAUAUCUAUUUUUGCAGCGUUGUGAGUGCAUAGAGAGGGACAAUUCUGAAAGAAGCAGUGCUGAGCAAAGCUUCUGCCUUUCCUUCACCCCCCUUCUCUUCCCUUUUUCUUCAAAAAGCAUGAAACUGGCUUAAGUCUUGUCUGCACAUAAUUGUGAACUCAAUUGUCUUCUAUGUACCAAACAAUCUCACAAGUGCCCAUUACAAAUUAUCACGUAGUUGGUGAAUUAUUCCAGUAUUUGCACUCCAGUUAGAACAAACAAUAGUUUUGCUCUUCAUCUUACACUGUUUGUGGCAUCACAUUUGUUUUCUGAGCUGUUCUGGCAGGCACCCAGCUGCCUCCCCUUUCUGCACACUCCCUGCCUAGCUGAUCUGUUUGUUUGUGUGACCCCUGCCCUGUUAAAAUGUGGUACACAGCCAGAUUCUGCCUCUUUGCAUCUGCAGCCCCUCAGACUCAGCAUAACCAGCAUUUUGCUCUAAUCUUGCAUAUUAUCUUGUCAGGCUUUCAGCUGAAGCCUGGUUUAGAUCCUAACCCUUGUUACUCCCUAGGGAGAAAUGAAGAUGUGGGAAGCCUUGGGGCACAGGUAUUAAAUUUCUUCCAGUGCACUAAGACCUUUAAGGGCCUAAUGUAUUUGGAUCACAACCAGCACAACAUGCUGGUUGUUCUGUGUUAGGAAAAAGCUACGAUGAAUGUGGCCUGCAAGAAAGAGGACAGAGCUGCAACUGAGGGGCAUCAGCAAACUUUGAGAGUGGACCAAGAGGAGCUACAUAAAUUUCAAUAUUAAAAGCAAAGUCAUGCACCUGCAUCAGAGUAACUCCAUAUACUGGAGACAAGCCUGGCUAGAAGUCAGCUUUGAAAGAAGAGAGCCUGGGGAUCCUGAAGAGCAGCAAGUUGAAUAUGACUCCUCCAGCAGGGCCCAGCUUCACACUGGGCUAUGUUAGCAAGAGUGCAGCCAGUAGGUCAUGUGAAAUUAUUAUUUCCCACUCUAUUCAGCACUUGUAAGCCCAGAAAAUUUGAAUACACCAUGCCCAGCUUUGAGCUCUGUACUGAAAGAAAAACCUGAGAGUUCAGUGGAGGAACCACAGGGGGCAGGAGCACAGACAAGAAGAUACAAGUACAUGCAAGGCAAGAACACUGGCUUUGUUCAGUACAGGGAAGAAAAGGAUAAGGGCAGAGCCAGUUGCCAUUUUUUAAGCUAAUGGGUACAGGAAAACAGAGCCAAACUCUCCUUUGUGGUGCACAGUGCCAAGGGUGAGAGGUGAGUGUCACAAAUAGCAGGAAAAAAAUCAGAUGGGUAAAGAAGAAAACAAAUCUUGUGGUUAAACAAUCAGUUUUCUGAUCAUUGGCAGGGAUGGAGAGUUUGCACUUGACUGGACAAGGCUCUCAGCAUCCUGACCUGAUUUUGAAGGUGUCCCUGCUUUGAGCACAGAUUGGAGUAGAGACCUCCCAAGCUUCUUUCCAGUCUAAAUUAUUCCACGAUUUUAAGAAAGCAUGGGACCCCCACCAAGCUUGAGCCACCUGUCUGUAUGGCAGUAAGCUAAACAGAUUUGGAUAUCCGACACCAGCAAGCUCUGGUUUAUUUUGGGCACAGCUGAAGCACAAGAAAAUAUCACUAUCUGCGUAAACCACCUCUUUGUAGGGAUGUAACUGACAGCCACGAGCUCUUGAACACAAAAAUGUCUUGAGUUUCCAUAGAAACUAACUUGGAUAAUCCUUCCUGCAUCCAGCCAUUUCUCUACAGUAGAGAGUCAAGGCUGUCAGCACAACUUUACCAGAAAAGCACCCCCGAACCCACACAUGCACCACACAAUAGGAGCAUCACUCUGUGACUGGGUGCUGGUCAUAGAAGGGUUGAAUACUUGGCUGGGUGUGUAUCAUACCAUGUAACACCCAUAACAGACUUCAGCACUCUCAAUCAUCUACACUGAGUUUAAAGCACAGGAUCAGUGCACAGACUGGGGCUCACCAGAAAAUAAGAACUGUGUUAGCUACAAUAGCAGCACAGAAACUCUGUGGUGUAACAACUGCUCUGCACUUAAAACAUUCAGGUAGGGCAGACACCUCUACCACAUCUCUUUUGCCAUGCCAUCAACUUUUCCCUUCCACACUUCUAGCUGAGCUACUCCAUUCCUGUACCUUUUGUUCUUAAAAGAAGGAGGAUUUUCAGUGAGCACAAGAGCAGGCCAGCAUAGCAGUUUCUCACCGUUUUGCCAUUUGAAUGAUCAAGCUACAAUCAAUUCCCUAAAUUCCUCCUGCCCAAUGCCAAAUUCCUCAGUCACAAGCCAUAUACCGUUGCUGUGAAAGCCAGUAUUCUGUUGUUAAUUGGAGAGGGGAUUUUGUUUUUAAAAAAAUUAACCACAACUCUUUUAAUAGGCAGUUAGGGAGUUAUUUCAACUGAAUACUCAGAAGCCUUUAACUUUUUUUCAUGCCAGUAGUCUGCAGAAGCAUGUUGUAGAAAUGGAGUUUGAAUACAAGACAAUCCCACAGAGCUACCAACAAGUCACUGAGAUACUGUAGCUUCCACUGUGUCCACAGCUUAUUACCAGAGACCACUAGUGAGACAGUGAACUUUGUAUAUAAUACAGGAAAUAGAAGGAAGUACCAGAUUUCCUUCAUGGUCCCUACACUGCAAGGCAUGGCUGCCUUCUCUUCAUUCCUAAAUGGAAUACAGACACAGAAUAUAGAAAACUUCAGUCUAGUGAAAAAGAGCAGUUUUGUUUUUCUAGGUACCCCUGAGGGUUUUGCUAUUUAUGGGGGAUUUUUGUGUCUCUUUUAGUUUUUAACUCCUUGAUUCAAAGUGACCAAACAGUGAAAGUCUUCCUACACUUGUCUAUAGAAGUACACAUACAAUCACUGACCUCAUUUGCCUCCUUCCUCUUUAUAUACUGAGCACUCAAUUGUAAUACCUUAAAGUUAAUCCCUGCAUUAACCCACGUGCUCCAACAGACAAAUGCAGACCAACAUAACUGCAGGCUCAAAUACCUUGUGCAGUCAACAAAGAAGAUGUCUAGUCUGAUUUUCUCUGCAGUUUCAAAAUGGUUGGAACAAGGACUUGCCUUCCCCUGUUUCUGGAGACAGCAGCCCACAGCACACGAGACAACACUUGUUCUUUGCUACUGUUGAAGAAGCCCAGUGAAUCCAAGGAAUUCCUCAUCUUUUCCAUUCUGGGUUAGUCCUGCAGUCUUGCCACUGAAUCCCACAUUUAACAGCUGACCAGUACUAAGAAACUUGCACAAGAGGAGAGGGGAAAGAAAACAUAUUACUCAGAUUUCUAGGAACUUGGCUAAGUCAAAGAGCUGUACUUUCUUAAUAAGAGAAGUAAGAAAGCAGAGAGGCCUCAAGAACAUCCUUACAAGCAAGAAACUGACAGUAGAGAGGCUCAGGAUAGAGGGAACAAACCUGUUCUCUCUGCAUUCUGAACUGCCUUUCUUGCAUUACGUUUAGGUAUUUUGCAUGUUUGUUUGUUUUAAUAAAGAUUAAGCAAAAAACAAAUUUGAGGCGAUAGGGUUAAGUUAUUUUGGGCUCAAAAUAUAUGGCGUAUUCAAUACAUUUCCUUGUAAUUUUUAACACUGGUGGGCACUGACAAUUCAUAAGAGUUCCUAGAUACCUUUACAGUCAUUCCCCCCACCCAGCUGGUACAUCACACAUGAAGCAGUACAUUUCCACUUUUUGUACUACUAGAUUUUUAGACAGUAACAAAGGCACAAAGCACAUGGGUCAUGUGUUAGACCACAGCUUGAGAAGCAAGGUGCUGUGCUAACAGCAGUAUCCCUCCCCAGAAAAUUUGUAGUCAGCACUUAGAUCUAUACUGAGAGAAAUACACAAAACUAUCAGCUCACCACGCACACUGCAUUUAAUCCAGAAAACUCAAACACCAAAACCAGCCCCCUUUCUUUCAGAGAAGCCCACAGCACAACCCCCUAACCCUGCUUCAGCAGCCACUCUUUAUAACUUCCUACCCACCCAACCCCAGCCACUCCUUGUGCAGCAUUUACAGAGCUGAGCACACUCAGCUGAGUGACUCUUGCUGGUCAUCCCCCACAGCCACUUGAUGGUCCUCUACCCUUCUUUGUCUUACAGCUCUUUUCUACCAGCUCCUAAAACUACCCAGGCUGGAGUUAAGAGGCUUUUCUUGGCUUCUGGCUCAAAGAGGACUUAACCACCUAUGUCAGUCAGACACCAUAGACUAAUACCACAAAUGCUCACCUUUAAUUUGAUGGAUUGUGAACAGUUCAUUAGAAUGACUGGAGUGAACAUUUUUCUAGAGCAGUCUGUUAUCACUGGUUAAAACUAUGACAAUUCAUGUGUACUUAUUUAUGAGCCUUGGAGCCCAGCUUAGGACAGUAGAGGAGUACAUAAAACAGCACAGAAGUUCACUGAAUAGCCCCAGUGUGAUUAAAAGCUUCACAUAUCCACGUACAAUAAGAGCUUAUGAGCGCUGGCAACUUUUAGACCACAGAUACUGUACCCACUCAGUAGUAUGUAACACUUUUUCCACAUCCAGCAUCAUUGACAUUUGACCCACACAUCCAAAACUGGUUAGUGGCAAAUAACUGUGGAUGACAAAAUACUUACAGGUAGCUGUAGAGAGUGGUGGGUUUCCAUAUUGAUGUGUUUCUGUGCUCCAGACACACAAGACAGCUCUUGAGUUGAUGCACACGCAUGAGUGACCACCCUGAGGGACAUCCAGCUCACCAGGGACAGCCCAGGUACAACCCAGGGGCAGAACUCGAGAACAGGAAGUAGGGACUGACAAAUUCAGCAAGUAGAGUGUAGCAAAAUAUCCGUAGGCUCAGCUGUUGACUGGCCAAAAAUCAGCUGUGGAGGAUGGUUCAGCUGUACUCUCAGCCUCUGUGUUUGAACACUCUGGGCUCACCACAACUGUGCUGGAAGGGGAAGGGCUGGUUUGUUCAGCUACUGAUGACACAUGGUAUAAUUCGAGUUCGUAUCUACUAGAACUAGUAGUGAGAAACUCCCUGCAGAUCACCAAGACAGCCUCCCUUGUCACUGAAAUGCAGUGCAGAUAUUAAUGCUCCUACAGGCUACAGAAUCCCUGAAUUAUUUAUCUUCUUAUCUUUUUUGUAUUUAUUUAUUUUAUUUGCUCUCUUUCAUAAUACCAUUUGAUCUUCUUGGUUCCAGUUCCCAUAUUUUUAAGAUAGGGUCCCUUCUGGGGCUUUACUUGCUGACAGCUUCAUCCCCUUUCUGUUACUCUUUAAGAUUAUUUAGAUACAGAAUAUAUUCUGAAUAGUAAUUGUCUACAGUCAUUCAUUAAAAGUAGAUAAAUGAAUUAAUGAUUAUACAGGUUUCUCACCCUCCCCUGCGUGUAUCUCUCUCUCUCUGGAAAGUGCUUCCCCUACAACACACUUCUUUGCUAACAUGUGCUAUGGGGGUUCAGUGGCCCGUGUAGUUUUAUUCUCAUUUAUCUCUCCCCAGCCUCUCUUCCACCAAUGUAUGACACACUGUAUGACACACUGUAAGACUGUAUCAAAGGUCCUGUCCUUUCCCCUACUCAUGAAAAGGCUUUGAAUUCAGAAAUCAGUUCAUUUGUUACUUUCACUUCUGCUUUUUGAUACGAUGAUUUUACUCUCAUAGAGACUUCUUCUGAUACAGCUCUCUAAGAAGAGGGAAAGAUGUAACCUGUUUUGGAGCAUUACCCACAUUAAACCUCACUAACAGACUUAAUCUGAAUCAGUUCCUCAUUUGGACCAUAUCUCACCUUACUUUGGUUUUGCUGCAUUUAUUUCCUUCUGGUGAAAUGGGAAAUUACUGAUUAACAUCUUAUAACACUCACUGUUUCAGUUGCCUUUCUUACUACAUUAUCUCCCUUGCUUCAAUCCAUCACUCUUAGUAUUCCCUGUGAGCAAAUCAAAUGAUACAGUAAUGUUUUGUCUGCUUUCAUUUUAUUUCUAGGAAAAGCAUCAGCCUGUCAUGAAAAACAAUCCAUUACUCAUCUCUUCAGCUGAUGAUGGAUAGUUUCCCCUGUAUAAUUGACCUGAGUGCUCCCCAGAAGGAUGUCUCACCAGAGCUCCUAUUCUGAGCUGCUGUAUUGGUUUUGCUGACAAAGAGCAGACAGGCAUUAACACACUUUUUAAGGGAUUUUUCCAUCCCAUUCACCAGGCAAUAACACCUAGAUAGCUAACCUUUUCUUUUGGACAGUGUAGGCUAACUUCCCUCAGGCAGCACAAUAAACAUUUUCAUAUUUCUUGUCAUCCAGGUAGCUCCUUCCUCACUGCCCAUACACCGAAUACCUGCUUCACUUUGAGAGAUUUCCUAUGCUGCACUCGCUGUCUGGGGCUGGCACAAUUAAACAAUGGUUCCAUUUCUUCAGUGUUUGUUUGGAUUUGCUGGGUUUGUUUUGCUUUUGCUUCCCUGACUGCUGAUAAUCCCUUGUGACUGUCCCUUGUGCCACUAAGCUAUUUCCCAGGCCGCUGGAGGAGAGGAUCUUAGAAAUGUGUUAAGCAGCCAUAUCAGCUCAGUUACUUCCUUUUGCUAAUUUGGGGUGUUUUUUAAUGUGCUCUGACAACUGGAUAGAGUCUAUAACCUCUAACUGCUACAAGUUCUGACAUUCCUCAAAGACAAUGGAAAGGGUAAAUUACAGGAUGGUAGAAGAGGACUCAUGAGAUUCUGAGUGCUUAACCAUAGACACGAAACACAAUCACUUCCAGCCAGCUAUUUACAGGUGUUUCCCCAUGGGCUGUAGGGGACCUUCCCACUGUGUCAGUGGCAGCCCUAGAGAAAGGUACAGGAUAGCCCUCCACAGUGCCUGGGCUGGAGGAAAUACCUUCUCUGCAGGGCAGCACAGGGAAGUGGAGAGCAGUUGUGCACGAUAGCAUGGAGUUGUCACAAUAGAGAAACUCACAGUAUACUGUAUUUCAUACAGUAUUCUACAGAAUUACAGUUAGAAAUGUGCUCAGCUACAGAAAAUGGAAAAAGCAAAGACAGGGAGAGAGGAGAGCUCUGAUUCUGUGGUAAGAUAUCAAGAGAAAGAUGUAAGGUGCAGUUUAUAUUGCAGCAAAGUUAUCUGAGGAUAUAAUUUGAAAUUUGUCAAAAAUUCAGUCUUUUUUUUAAUUAUAAAUGAUGCAAAAAUGCAAAAGAAACAACAGGCUUUGGUAGUGAGUUGGGAAGUGAAACUCUUGCUAGGAAAAAAAAUUAUCCCCAUGUGAUACCUACCCUGACUCUUGGACUGAAAACCCAAGAGCCAGAAUAGUUGUUUGAAAAAUCACGUUCUGCCACUUUGGUGUGCUGAUGUCCAUCUGCCUACUUCCAGUAUCAUAUUACAGAAUAAUUUCUUCAGGGUAGAACUGUGUCUCCACUGACUGAAGAGUGGCUUUGAUUUAUUUUCUGUGACAGGCAAGGGUCAGGAGACCAUUUGUAAAGCAAAAGGCACAAACCUUUGCUGAUUCUGUUGUCUCACAGAUUUCAUUCUGCUGCAGCUGGUGGCUGAGCAUUUCUGCCUGGGAUGGCGGAGGACCAGGAGCUGACUCAGCCACACAAAGCUCAGCUCGAGCCCUCCCUCCAGCAGCGCACCAGCAACACGUACCGCAGUGCCGAGCACUCCCAGGCCCUGCUCAGUGGCCUGGUGUCUCUCCGGGACAGCAGCAUCCUCUUCGAUGUCGUCCUGGUAGUGGAGGAGAAACCCAUUGAGGCUCAUCGCAUCCUCCUUGCUGCAUCCUGCGACUAUUUCAGAGGAAUGUUUGCAGGAGGACUGAGAGAGAUGGAACAAGAAGAAGUUCAUAUUCAUGGCAUCUCCUACAAUGCAAUGUGUAAAAUCUUGAACUUCAUUUACACUUCUGAGCUGGAACUCAGUGUGAACAGUGUACAGGAAACCUUAGCUGCAGCCUGUCAGCUUCAGAUUCCAGAAGUCAUUAAGUUCUGUUGUGAUUUCCUCAUGUCCUGGGUAGACGAAGAGAACAUCCUUGAUGUGUACAAACUUGCUGACCACUAUGACUUGAGGCAUUUGAGUGAUCAGCUGGACUCCUACAUUUUGAAGAACUUCACAGCUUUCUCAAGGACACAAGUGUACCGACAGCUACCCUUGCAGAAGGUCUACUCCCUUCUCAGCAGCAACCGUUUGGAGGUUAACUAUGAGUUUGAAGUUUAUGAUGGAGCACUUUUUUAUCAUUAUUCUCCAGAACAACUGGAGGCAGAUCAGGUCUCCCUGAUGGAGCCCCUUAAGCUUCUUGAGACAGUUCGUUUUCCUCUGAUGGAACCCCAGAUCCUGCAAAGGCUUCAUGACAAAUUAAGUCCAUGUCCUUUAAAAGAUACAGUUGCAGAUGCAUUAAUGUACCACAAGAAUGAAUGUCUUCAGCCAAUGCUUCAGAGCUCCCAGACACAGCUGAGAUCAGAGUUCCAGUGUGUAGUGGGAUUUGGAGGGAUGCAUUCUACUCCAUCCAUUGUCCUCAGUGAUCAAGCCAAGUAUCUGAACCCCUUGUUGGGAGAGUGGAGGCACUUUACAGCUGCACUAGCCCCCAGAAUGUCCAAUCAAGGGAUUGCUGUUCUCAAUAAUUUUGUAUAUUUAAUUGGUGGAGACAACAAUGUAAGUGGUUUUCGAGCAGAGUCAAGGUGUUGGAGGUACGACCCACGGCACAACAGAUGGUUCCAGAUCCAGUCCCUGCAGCAAGAGCACGCUGACCUCAGUGUUUGUGUUGUGGACAACUAUAUAUAUGCUGUCGCAGGCCGAGAUUACCAUGAAGACCUGAGGGAAGUGGAGAGGUAUGACCCUAAAAGCAACACUUGGGAAUAUGUGACACCUCUGAAGAAGGAGGUGUACGCGCAUGCGGGAGCGGCGCUGGAUGGGAAGAUGUACAUCACCUGUGGGAGGAGAGGAGAGGACUAUUUGAAGGAGCUGCAGUGCUACGACCCGAGGACUGACCGCUGGGAGGUUUUAGCAGAUGGCCCAGUGAGACGAGCUUGGCACGGGAUGGCUGCACUGCUGGGAAAGCUCUACGUGAUCGGAGGGAGCAACAAUGAUUCCGGCUACAGACGGGAUGUUCACCAGGUUGCCUGCUAUAAGCCAAGCACUGAUCAGUGGACAAACGUGUGUCCACUUCCUGCAGGACAUGGAGAGCCAGGCAUUGCGGUCCUGGACAACAGGAUUUAUGUCUUGGGAGGCCGAUCCCACAACAGAGGAAUCCGCAUGGACUAUGUCCACAUCUACGAUGCAGAGAGAGACUGUUGGGAGGAAGGACCCCAGCUGGAGGAUGAUAUUUCUGGGAUGGCUGCCUGUGUCCUCACUUUGCCCAGGGCUAUUUUAAUGGAGACAGAGAAAUGGCUCUCGGAAUGGCACGCAGACCGAAUGAAGCAUCACCUUGACUUUCCAUCAGAAGUUAUGAGCGUAUCAGACUGGGAGGAAUUUGACAAUUCCAGUGAAGAUUAGAAAACUCUAAUAUUUAUUUUUUUGCCAGUGGAUGAGGAAUUUAAGGGUUGGAGAAAAUACUUAAGAGAUUUUAUAUGACUUUCUUAUAUACAUAACUCAGUAUUUAAAGGUUUUAAAUGUAAGUGUUGCGCACAAAAUGCCAUUCACAAUCAAUAUCUACCCAUCUGCAAGUGUUCUGCACAAAAAUGCACUUACAGGCAGUACCUGCCCACCUGCCAGAAAGCAGCAUUUUUAAAGUAACCACAGAACUGCCAUUUCCCCCCCAGUUGUAUAGAGGUUUUUUUGCCUUUGAAGGAGGCUUUUCUCAACCUUCAGCAUGGACAGAAAAAAAAGGCACAGAAGGCUCAGCUUGACUAGCUUCUUUCCUUCCAGCUUUUAGCUUGAAAUACCUUUUGAGAUUUUUUUUUUCCUUUUUCUUUUUGGUAAUAAAACUUCCCAGCCAGCUUAGCACAGGAAGGUGACACCUGGUGUCCCCGUCCUGUGCCAGGUGUCAGACAGCUUGAUUGGUUUUUAGCAAGACUGAACAUACACGAACAGGAGCAGUAGCAAGAAAGUCUGAACCUUCAUCUCAUCUGGGCAUGCAGCCAUCCUUGUAACUGGGAGAGAGUCUAAGAACCGACACCCACUCCUGAACUUCUAUACUGCAAGUUCUGUCAACGCAGUGGAAAGAAGAUCUCUAGAAAAAAACUCUGCACAGAGUGUGGCAAUCUCAUCGUUCCACUGUCAGACACAUUUGUUCUCAACCAUAAAUUAAUAAAUCCUUGUCAGAAGUUUUUUAA